AUGCAGAUGUUUUUGAUUAUCUUUAUACUGUUUGGUUGGGGAAGUUCACCUAUUCCAUUAGAUUCGGUUGAUGCUUUUUGGAGAAAGCUUGAUUUGACGCCUUCUAUAUCUGUGGAAUAUGGUGAUCUUAAUGUUGAUCAUCGUAUGCAAAGGUUUAAAGAGAUAUACAACACUCAACCAGAUCAUAUCAAAUAUAAUUAUUUAAGGAGAAUGGAUGAGAUAACUGAUCCAUCAACGAAUUUGAUCAAUGAACCUUUGGUUAAGAAAAAUAACCGUGGACGCCCAAAAAUAAAGCGUGUCCAACAUCAAAGUCAAGCUACUCACAGAUACAGUUGUUCAGACUUAAACCAGGAGCCACCAUGGUAUAGUUCAUCCUUUAUGGACUUGAACGAUGAUCCGGCCAGACAUAGUUCAUUCGUCAUGGGUUCGUACGAGGAACCAAUAGGCCAAUGUUCAUACAACAUAAACUUAAACGAGGAACCAAUAGGAUCAAACCUUGCAUGCUCCGACUGCUACAUAUAUCUUUCAACAGUGGCUUUUCGUACUAGCUCCAGUCUAUUUGAAAUGUCUAGUGUGGAUUCAACAGUCAUCACUUUGAAUCCUCCCUUGGUUGGUUUGGGUCUUCCUUCAAGUUCGUACUUGAUUUCUGGGGAAACGUCUGAACCGAUCCCUGAUUUUGGGAAUGAUGCUUUGCUGGAAGUCGCUGCUACAACUUCACCAAAUACUUCAGAGCACAUCGACAAAGAGAUCCUUGAUAUAGCUCGUACAUGUUUUAUGGAAGGGAUGCGUUUGCUUAAUAAAGUUUCUGCUCGUACCCGGACUCGUGCACAGAUUCUUGCUCUAAACAACUAA